AAUGGAGCUCGUCAGAGGUGACGUAGCUCCAUGGAACCAAGCCUGUUAAACUGCAGAUAUCAAAAUUGUUAUAACAAUCACAUAUGUUAAAAUUAUCUAAUAAAAUCAUAAUUUUAAGGUAAGACUUUUAGAAAGUAGAAUAGGAGAUGAUAUCGUAGUAUAUUAGAAUUGAUUUAAAAUUCUAUCAGAAACUAAAGAAACUAAAUAUCUGUUUAUUGAGGUGGUACAUAGUCCAUAAUAUAUUCUAUAUUAAGAUACCAUUCUUCUUAAGUAUGAUUUUGAAAAUGAACUAGACCUGUUUUUAAUGAGAAGAAUUAGUUUGGGUUUGAAUGUUAUUUUUUUCCUUCUAGGCGAUAUGUCAGUGUUGAGCUCACCCAGACCUCAGAGCUGUGUAAUGCAUGUUGACAUGGAUUGCUUCUUUGUAUCAGUGGGUAUACGAAACAGACCAGAUCUCAAAGGUCUGUAUUCCUGUUUUAACAAAAUUGAUAAAUUGUUAUGAGCAUAUAUAUCCUAAUUGAUAACCAUGUGUUCUUUGAAAAGUAUUUUGAUUUUCCUCAGUCAGAUCCAUUCCUUUGUUCAAGUUGGCUGGACUCCAUUGUCGCAGGUGUAGGAAGUUAGAAAAGUGCUGCGUGCUGUAAGUUGAAGACACAAGAGAAGAGAGAGUCUUAAGCUGAGGGCUCCGGUACUCACACAUGUGGGGCCUCUGGAAUUUUCAUAUCUGCUUAUUGUUUGUUCAGGGGAAUUUCCCGGUAUCCUGUGUCUUCAGGCUUUCUGUUCUCCUGUUCAAACAACUCUCCUCCCUUAGAGUCAUCUGGGCAGUCUGACUGUUAAUGAGACUUCAGGUUUAUUUAUGUACUGCUUACUACCAUCAGAAGUAUUUAUUCAGGAUUUUUUUUUUAAGUUCUUUCUGGAUAUGAUAGCUAUAUUAGUAUUUUCUCUUGAAAGUCUAUUUUUCUCUUAAGUAAAGAAAUAGUAGUUAGGGCACUGAAAAUCCUAGAAAAUUCUAGCUUCCCAAAAGGGCCUUAAUUUUGUCCUGGGUAGUUGGGACUCAACUCUGAACAGGGCUUUUAGAAUUUGAAACAAUUGAUUUUAGCCUAUGCAUAACUUAGCAUCUAGUGUAUUGUGAUUUUGUCUAGCUUCUAUGGAGGGCAGGAAGGUUCUGUGUGUAUGUGGUUUUUUUGUUCUGAGCCACCUGCCCUCUAAACCUGUGAUAUGCCACUUGCAAAUCAAUUUUACAACAUUAUAGCUGUUUUGUAACUUAAUAUACACACAAAGGAAAUGAAACAUUAAGUAAUGUUUAAAAAAAUUACAUUUGCUUAUAUGUUCAGUCAGAUUUUGAUUGCUGUGCAUGAAUCUCUUAGCUUAUUUCCUUUUAAAUAAAAUUAAAAGGAUAAGUGUACAUGUUGAACCUAUUUAUACCAGAACUAUAAAACGUCUGAUAUUGUUUUUCUUUCAUUGUCCACUCCUACAAUCUAAACGUGGGAUCUGAGUUGCCUGUUUUUCAUUGUAAGAAAUCAAAAGCCAUGGAAAACUUACUCUGCUGCCUUUAGAUUGAGUCAGUUUAUCAGAAAUGUCACUGGAGUCAUACUUGGUGGCACAUGCUUUUUAUCCCAGUACUCCAGAGGCAGGUGGAUCUCUGUGAGUUCCUGAAUAGCCUGGUCUAUGCAGAGAACUCCAGAACUUCUUAGAGAGACCCUGCCUUUAAAAAAAAAAAAAAAGUCAUAGAAACUGUCCCUUUUAAUGGGAAUGGAAACCUUGGUGAGUCACAGGGUGAUGGCUAUACUCGUUUAUUUAAGAUUUAGUGCCUGUGUGAUUAAAGAACAACGUAUGCAAUGAACACUAUGAAAAAAAUUCCAUUACUGUUCUCAACAUCCAUUUUUUACUUAGCGAAACAAUCUAAUCUUUUCUCACAGGAAAGCCAGUGGCUGUUACAAGUAACAGAGGCACAGGAAGGGCCCCUUUACGUCCUGGGGCUAACCCACAGCUGGAGUGGCAGUAUUACCAGAAUAAACUCCUGAAAGGAAAAGCAGACUUGUGUCCUGGCCUCUGAUUUCUCCAACCGUUCCUCCACAUUCUCCAUGUGCCCGUCUAGUUUGUCAAGUUUUGAUCAGCAGUUCUCUACCUUGCCCUCCAGUGAGGACAGUGUAUCCCUGCAUUUCCCUGAAUCUCACAUGAAGCAACUCACUCCGCUGGUGGAGAGACCCACGCACUCUGCUGCACUGUGGAACAGCAGAUAUACCAGAUUCCUCAGUAUGGGAGAAUCAAGAUUCUGCACAAACAAAUGGAAUUGAUUCUGUUCUGUCAAAAGCUGAAAUUGCUUCUUGUAGUUAUGAAGCCAGGUCCCUCAAAGUUGUGGAACCCUGGCUCCUGCCCAGAGUGAUGUCCUACCAUACAAUGCUGUUGGCAUCUCAGCCACUGCGGAGCCAUUGAGGAGCAUUGGAAUUGGUCAAUUGGGAAUUGGGUGACAAGUUGGCAUUAAGAAUGGAAUGUUUUUUGGACAUGCUAAACAGCUGUGUCCUAAUCUGCAGGCUGUUCCGUAUGACUUCCAUGCAUGCAGGGAAGUUGCCCAAGCAUUGUAUGAAACACUGGCAAGCUACACACACAGCAUUGAAGCUGUCAGUUGUGAUGAAGCCCUGAUUGACGUCACUGACAUCCUUGCAGAGACUAAACUUUCUCCUGAGGAGUUUGCAGCUGCCCUGCGUAUGGAAAUCAAAGACAAGACUCAGUGUGCUGCCUCUGUUGGGAUUGGUUCUAAUAUUCUUCUUGCUAGAAUGGCAACUAAAAAAGCAAAGCCGGAUGGGCAGUACCACCUGCAGCCAGACGAAGUCGAUGACUUCAUCAGAGGGCAGCUGGUUACCAGCCUCCCGGGAGUUGGACAUUCAAUGGAAUCUAAGCUAGCAUCUUUGGGAAUUAAGACUUGUGGAGAUUUGCAGUGUUUGACCAUGGCAAAACUCCAGAAGGAAUUCGGCCCCAAGACAGGGCAGAUGUUGUAUAGGUUCUGCCGAGGUCUGGACGAUAGACCUGUUAGAACAGAGAAGGAACGGAAAUCUGUUUCAGCCGAGAUCAACUACGGAAUAAGGUUCACCCAGCCCAGAGAAGCCGAAGCCUUCCUUCUGAGUCUGUCAGGAGAGAUUCAAAGCCGACUUGAAGCUGCUGGCAUGAAGGGCAAACGCCUGACUCUGAAGAUCAUGGUACGGAAGCCCGGGGCCCCUAUAGAAACUGCAAAAUUUGGAGGCCAUGGAAUUUGUGAUAACAUCGCCAGGACGGUAACUCUGGACCAGGCAACAGAUAGUGCAAAAAUAAUUGGGAAAGCUACUCUAAACAUGUUUCAUACAAUGAAAUUAAAUAUUUCAGAUAUGAGAGGGGUUGGUAUUCAAGUGCAUCAGUUGGUUCCUGCUAAUUUACAUCCUUCCAUGUGUUCAAGUCGUCCAUCAGCUCAGUCAAGCCUCUUCUCUGGUCUGCCACAUUCUGUCCGUGAUCUCUUCCAACUUCAGAAAGCUAAGAAACCCACAGAAGAGGAGCACAAUGAAGGGCUGGCUGCUGUGGAUCUGGAAGUGUCCUCCAACUCUCGAGCUUGUGGUUUAUUGUCACCCCCAUCUGCACAUCUGGCUACUGUCAGUCCUGAUGCUAACAGAGGCGAGUGUUCCAGGAAAUGGAACGGCCUGCAUUCUCCUAUCAGUGGACAGUCAAGGCUGAACCUCAGUAUAGAGGUCCCAUCACCGUCCCAGAUUGACCAGUCUGUUUUAGAAGCGCUCCCACCUGAUAUCCGGGAACAAGUAGAACAAGUUUAUGCUGCUCAACAAGGAGAGCCGCGUGGCUCUAAGAAGAAAGAACCAGUAAAUGGCUGCAGUUCAGGGGUAUUGCCUCAUCCUGUUGGCACAGUUUUGUUACAAAUACCAGAGCCUCAAGAACCUAAUAACAGUGACACCAGAAUCAGCGUGAUUGCCCUUCCAGCAUUCUCACAAGUGGACCCUGAUGUCUUUGCUGCCCUUCCUGCUGAGCUUCAGAAGGAGCUGAAAGCAGCGUAUGAUCAAAGACAAAGGCAGGGCGAGGACACCACUCAGCAGCAGCCAGCUAGUACAAGUGUGCCAAAGAAUCCUUUACUUCAGCUAAAGCCACCAGCAAUGAGAGACAAGAGAAACAAGAGGAAGAACCCCAUUGGUUCCCCCAGGAAGAUUCAGAGUCUGCCAGGGGCCUCUGGGAGCCCUCAGAAGUUAAUGGAUGGUUUUCUACAACAUGAAGAGAGACCCCUGGAAGAGGUCUCUGCUUCCACCCCUGGUGCACAGAGCCUGUCUGGUCUGCAGUGCGGCAGCCAGAGCAGCUGUUUUAGACCGGCAGCACCCAACCUAGCUGGAGCUGUGGAAUUCAGUGAUGUGAAGACCUUGCUUAAAGAGUGGAUAACUACCAUCUCAGAUCCAAUGGAAGAAGACAUCCUGCAAGUUGUGAAAUACUGCACUGACCUUAUAGAGGAAAAAGAUUUGGAAAAAUUGGAUCUUGUUAUAAAAUACAUGAAAAGGUUGAUGCAGCAGUCAGUGGAGUCAGUAUGGAACAUGGCGUUCGACUUUAUUCUUGACAAUGUUCAGGUGGUCUUACAGCAGACGUAUGGAAGCACAUUGAAAGUCACCUGACUGUCCAGAGAGCCUGGUGCUCUCUGCCCAGCAGUGCUUGUGAGGUAUUUGCAAAGUGCAUGACAGUGAUGCUCUGAGUUUUCAUAAUUCUACAUUUCUUUUUAAGCAAGUGUUUUGUACAUUUCUUUUUCAAAAAAGUGCCAAAUUUGUCAGUAUUGCAUGUAAAUAAUUGUGUUAAUUCUUUUACUUGUAGCAUAGAUUCUAUUUACAAAACGUUUGUUUAUAAAGUUUUAUGGAUUUUUACAGUGAAGUGUUUACAGUUGUUUAAUAAAGAACUGUAUGUAUAUUUUG